CCUAAACAAAUUUAAUUGUCAUCCACAAUAAUCGACAGCGCCUGGUACAAAUAACCUCGACGUACCCAAAUAAUCACUUCUUCUUCUAUUCUUAUUCUUCUUCUUCUUCAUAUUCAUGAUGGAGAAGUCGUGACCAUUUCACGCCCUUCUCCACUAAACCAUAUUAUACACAAUCAACGUCCAUCAUAAUCACAGGACGCACAGUUAAUAUAACCAAAAAAUGGGCCAAGAUGGGCCGAAAAAGAUUGCAAUAAUCAGCUUGUGUUCUCUCCUCCUGGUGGCGAUCAUCGUGGCAGUUCUUUUCGCCGGCCACGACACCGCUAGCAAUAAAAAGGUCAAACCAAACACUUCGCAGAAGGCCAUCGCAGCCAUCUGCCAAACCACCGAUUACCAUGACACCUGUUUCAAAAGCCUCGACGGCCAAAACACCUCCGACCCCAAACAGCUCAUCCAGGCUGCCAUGCACUCCACCAUCAUUUACCUCAGAACCGCCCUCCAAAACUCCACCGCUCUCAAACAAGCCCAGACCGACCCCCGCGCCCGCGCUGCUCUAGACGACUGCAGCGAGCUUGCCAACCUCGCCAUCCACGAUCUCGACAGAUCCUUCACCAAGUUCAGCCAGUUCGACAUCACCAACGUCGACGACAUCCUCAUGGAGCUCAAGACAUGGAUCAGCGGCGCCAUCACGCACCAGGAGACCUGCCUCGAUGGAUUCGAGAAGGUCGACAGCGACGCCGGGGCGCAGAUGAAGCAACUGCUCAACGCCUCCAUGGAGAUGACCAGCAACUCGCUUGCUAUGGUUGCCGAGAUCUCCAUUUUUCUCGAGACCAGCAUGGGCAUCCAAGGCACCAGCAGUAGCCGCCGUCUCCUCUCCCAGCAAGACCUUGUUGUGGAGGAGCACGAAAGCUGGAUUGACGCCGUGAAGCGGAGGUUCCUCACCGCCCCAGCAGCCAAGAUUAGGCCGGACAUCAUCGUGGCCAAGGACGGCAGCGGCAGGUUCAAAACCAUCAAUGAAGCUCUCUUCCACAUCCCUAAGAACAACAAUAAAACAUUCGUGCUCUACAUCAAAGAGGGCGUUUACCCAGAGCAAGUGAUGAUCAACACCUCCUUCACGAACCUCAUGAUCAUGGGCGACGGCCCCACCAAGACCAGGAUCACUGGAAACUUGAAUUUCGUAGACGGAGUUGGCACCUACAGAACCGCAACCGUUGCCGUGCAAGGGGAUGAUUUCAUAGCGAGAGACAUAGGCUUCGAGAACUCAGCGGGCGCGGUGAAGCUCCAAGCCGUAGCGCUGCGCGCAAGCUCAGACAGAUCCAUAUACUACAACUGCCACAUUGAUGCCUACCAAGACAGCCUCUACGCGCACGUCUACCGCCAAUUCUACAAAGACUGCGUGAUAUCCGGCACGAUCGACUUCGUCUUCGGCGACAGCGCUUCCGUCUUCCAAGACUGCACGCUGCUGUUCCGGAAGCCAUUAGCCAACCAGCAAAACAUCGUGACGGCUCAAGGCAGGCAGGACCCGAGGCAGCCGACGGGGCUGGUGCUCCAAAACUGCACGUUCAAAGCGGAUGCGGAGCUGGAGCCGGUCAAGCACCAGGUCAAGUCGUACCUGGGCAGGCCGUGGAAGGAAUUCUCGAGGACCAUCAUCAUGGAGUCGUUCCUCGACGACUUCAUCCAGCCCGACGGAUGGAUGCCGUGGGAAGGCGAAUUUGGUCUUCAAACCCUCUUCUACACCGAAUUCAACAACAGAGGGCCGGCUGCACCCAAGGCGCAGCGCGUCAAAUGGCCGGGCGUGAAGGAGCUGCCGCCGGCUCGUAUCAAGCGUUUCACGGCAGGGGAGUUUCUAGAUGGAAACCGGUGGAUACCGAAGCAGAAGGUGCCAUACGCAGCGGGAUUCAUCUUCCCUGUGCCUAAGGAAGAUCCCAACAUUAAAUACUCCCCUGCUUCGACAGAGGAGACCAAAGAUUUGGGAGCGGUUGCGGAAAGAAAGAAAAAACUUCCACCACCUCAACCUCAGGCACCUGCUGCUGCUCCAGGUUCCAAUCCACAGUCAAGCAUAGCAGCCUCACCGAUGCAAGCCGCCUCGCCUUACCCUCUCGGCUACGGCACAGACGCCGCGGCUCCUGUUGGCAAUUGGGAUUCGGAAACUGGGGAAUUGCUGAUAGAUCUCUCUCCAGCUCCGGCUUCAGAAGCUCCGAUUCUCCCUCCUGCAGAGUCUCCUCGAGCUGUUUCUUUGAGGAUUACACCGGCUCUGACUCCAACGGCUGCUGCAUCGCCGCCAGCAACCACUCCAGCAGCGUCGUCCCCUCCAUCUGUUUCUCUGAGGAUUACACCGGCUUUGACUCCAACGGCUGCUGCAUCGCCGCCAGCAACCACUCCAGCAGCGUCGUCCCCUCCAGCUGUUUCUCUGAGGAUUACACCGGCUUUGACUCCGACGGCUGCUGCAUCGCCGCCAGCAAUCACUCCAGCAGCGUCGUCCCCUCCAGCUGUUUCUCUGAGGAUUACUCCGGCUUUGACUCCAACGGCUGCUGCAUCACCGCCAGCAAUCACUCCAGCAGCGUCGUCCCCUCCAGCUGUUUCUCUGAGGAUUACACCGGCUUUGACUCCGACGGCUGCUGCAUCGCCGCCAGCAAUCACUCCAGCAGCGUCGUCUCCUCCAGCUGCUGUGCCAUCUGUUUCUCCCAAGGGCAGUCCGGCUUCAGCGCCUGCGCCAAAGGCACCUGCUGCUCCUUCACCUAGCGGUGGUUUGGCGCCGCCUCCUAAGAGGGAUUCCCCGGCGGGGCCUCCUGAAUCAAAGCUGUCACCUCAGGCGGCUGAAGCUCCCACUUUUACCGACGGAUUAUAGUACUAACUCUGUUUUCUUCUUCUCAAACUAUAUUGAUCCAAUUCGGAUGUGGAUUAAAUGUACAUUCAUUUAAACCGCGAAAUGCCAUAAUUCGGUGUAAGAAUGUUUAACGAAAAUUAAUGUGAUGCUGAA